GGCGGGCGCCGGACCCCCAGGAGGAGCGACAGGUCUCGGGCCCUCAAGCGGAGCGGCGGGCGCCGGACCCCCAGGCGGAGCGACAGGUCUCGGACCCUCAGGCGGAGUGGCGGGCGCCGGACCCCCAGGCGGAACGACAGGUUUCAGGCCCCCAGGCGGGGCGGCGGGCACCGAGUCACCAGGCACAACCCGGGCACCGCGUCAUCUGGCAAGGCAGUGGGCUCCGAGUCAACUGGUAUGACCGCGGGCACUGGGUCAGACAUUGGAUCGUCUGGCUGGACAGCGGGCACUGGGUCACCAGGCAUCAGGUCAUUUGGCUUGACAGCGGGCACCGCGUCAUCUGGCAAGGCAGUGGGCUCCGAGUCAACAGGCACGACAGUGAGCACCGGGUCAUCAGGUACCGGAUUGUCUGGCUCGACAGCGGGCAUCGGGUCACCAGGCAUCAGGUCAUUUGGCUCGACAGCGGGCACCGGAUCAGGUACCGGAUCAUCUGGAUCAACAGCGGGCAUCGAGUCAACUGGCCUAAUAGGAUCGUCAGGCUGGAUCAGUUCAUCAUACUGGGUAGAGGCAUCAGGCCGAGUAGAGGCAUCAGGCCGAGUAGAGGCAUCAGGCCGAGUAGAGGCUUCAGGCCGAGUAGAGGCUUCAGGCCGAGUAGAGGCA